GAGGCCCCUUCCUUCAUAACAACAAUAAGUUAAGCCAAUGCGUAUGUACAGAAAACGAUUUUACAAAAGAGAGAGAGAGAGAAGAUCAUGUCACUAUUUGUAGCUAGGUUUGUCAUAUUCUGCCCUAAUGUUGCCUGCACCUGUUUCCAAUACACCUCCUUCCUCCAAUCCGAAAUCUCUGGAAGGCGGUGGAAGCAAUUCUUCUUCCAUGGAAAGAGAGAAGAUCAUGUCUCACCCUUACUUUCACCGCCUCUUGACUGCUUAUGUUAACUGUCAAAAGGUAGGAGCUCCGGCUGAAAUGGCGGCGAGGCUGGAGGAAGCGGAAGCGUGUGCGGGGGCGAGGAGGGGUCAGGGUGGGUGCGCGGAGAGUGAAGAUCCGGCGCUUGACCAAUUCAUGGAGGCUUACUGUGAAAUGCUGAUCAAGUACGAGCAAGAACUCUCUAAGUCAUUGGCAGAAGCCAAGCUUUUCUUUGCAACAAUUCAGCGCCACUUUCAAGCCCUCACUUUCUGCUUCUCCGAUUCUUCUGCUCAUACCACUACCAGGGAGAUGAUUAUGAUAGAGGGUGAAGAUGAGAAAUUGAAAGAGGAGCUACUGGAAAAAUACAGAGGAUGUUUGGGAAAUCUCAAGGAGGAAUUCUCCAAGAAAAAGAAGAACGGAAAGCUGCCUAAACAAGGGCGGCAGCAGCUGCUCAACUGGUGGAACAGGCACUACAAAUGGCCUUAUCCAUCGGAGGCGGAGAAGAUGGCACUGGCUGAAUCCACAGGUUUGGAGCAGAAGCAGAUCAACAACUGGUUCAUCAACCAAAGGAAGCGCCACUGGAAACCUGCAUCUUCCAACAACGCUCCUGUUACACUUCAUUUUCAUUAACUACCCAUUUCUUUAAAUUCAAUUUCUCACCAAAUUGUUGUUCCGAAUUUGGACAAGAGAUACUACCCUCAUGCUGCUAUAUAUUGAACCUAUUCAUACACUACAAUAUUUUCA